CCCCCCCCCCCCCCCCCCACCCCUGUCCGAGGCUUUUAGUGCUCAGCUCCAUUUCUUCUUUCCCAUCUUUUCUUGUUUUUAAAACCAACGAAUCUGACUCACCAAUAUUCCAACACGCUCGCUCAUUCCACAUUGCAUAAUGGCCAAGGAAACUUCUCUAUGCCUCUUGUUCCUCUCUUUUCUCAUUUUCUGCUCUUCAGGGACUUCUGUAUCUUCUUCUUCAUCGUCCGUUGGUACAACAUUCUUCCAAAAAAGCAAGAUCUCCAAAUCUGAGAUUCGAUUUUCUGUAUCAGAUUGCAAGAUUUUGAGCACUCUGACCAACACCAACCUGUCAGUUGAUUUCUUCUUAAACGAAAGCCUGGUUGAAAAUUUUGUUUCUUCAAAAUCAAAAUCAUCUCUAGUUUCAUGGCUAGAAACUCAUCUCAUGAACAUUAUUCCCCAAGUUGACAUCAGAAGCAUCGUUGUUAGAUGUGGCAGUGAGUGCUUAGGCCAAUAUGAGAUGCCUUCACUCAUACCUAUUCUCAAAUCAAUUCAUUCAUUUCUCAGCAAUCUUCAACUGAGAAGGGAAAUAAAAGUCUCCGUGGCCUUUCCUCUUUCAUUCUUAGAGAAUUUGAAUGCAUUGUAUGGAAAUGAUCUCCUUAGGAUUGUUAUGUUUUUGAAGAAAAUAGAUUCAUUUAUCAUGAUAGAAGACAUCAUUGGUGGAGAAUUGAGUACUGUUCAGUCUGUUAUCGAAAGAGCCACCCUUGCUGCUUCUAUUCUUCCCUGCAAAGAUGUUCCUGUGGUUCUCACAAUCAAGAGCCAUGAUAUUCCCAAUUCAAUGGAAUUAUCUCAAUUCAGUGAGGCAGUAUCCAAGUAUCUUGAAGCGAUAUCUCAUUUUACAAACAGAAUAGUUGCAUUGAUUGCACAAGUAUACACACUCAAUGAUUUUUUACUGCUCAAAAGAGAAGAGGGAGAAGAGAUAUGUCCUUUGUCCCUAAGAGAAAAUCCAAGCAAAGUCCACAUCAGAAGAACUCUACAAGACACAACCAACACACCUACCACAGUUUUCCCCACAAAUCCAACCCCACCUUCACCAGUAAUCACACCUCCAGAUACACCAACCAUCAUCACAGUUCCUUCCACCAAUCCUGUCACGGUUUCCCCCACCAAUCCAGCUUCAACACCUGUCACAGUUCCUUCUACCACACCAGUUGUUCCCUUACCCCCUACAAAUCCAGCCAAUCCAGUUACCAAUCCUGUGGCCUCUUAUCCACCACCAUCAUCAGGAAGUGUUCCUGUCACAAGUGCACUGCCUCCUCCUCCAAGCACAAAUGCUCAAGCCAUGCCAGCGGGGCAGAGUUGGUGUGUGGCAAAGACUGGAGUUCCACAAGCUUCUCUUCAAUCAGCACUGGACUAUGCUUGUGGAAUGUCAGGUGUGGAUUGUUCACAGAUACAGCAAGGUGCGAGUUGUUACAAUCCAAAUUCAUUACAAAACCAUGCUUCUUUUGCCUUCAACAGCUACUACCAAAAGAAUCCUGCGCCUACAAGCUGUGACUUUGGAGGCACUGCCAACAUAGUGAACACCAAUCCGAGCUCGGGUUCUUGCAUCUACCCAUCAUCUUCAGGGGCAGGCGCAUCCGGCUCUGGUACUGGUAGCCCAGUUUUAGGGUCCCAAAGCCCUCCUGAUUUAAAUACCUCGUAUUCAGCUGGUCUGAGACCUCUUCUUGGCUGCAUGGUUCUGGCAAUAUCAUUAGUCACUGUAAGACUCACUACAUGAGUUUUCCACAAGAAUCAGCGGUGAAGUUUCGAUACACGUCACUUUGGAGUUAGUUGUGUUGUAAUAUUACAAGCAGUGUACAGCUCUACAAGUGCAUAAUGACAGUGUAGAAUGAAUAGAAGAAGAGAGAUUACUUGAUGAUGACAGGUUAUGGUCAGGUUCAGGUACAAGGGUGUAGUAGUAUGUAGUUGAGCGUGCAUUGGUCUAGUUUGUUUUCGAAAUUCAUUUGCAUAUAAAUAGGGGUUUGUACUUAUUCUGCAAAAUGAUUCACGUGGAUAUGUAGAGUUAGAAACCAGGUUAACUGACUCGUAGAUGGUCAAGGGAACAAUUUCACAUUAUGAAAGAGUCUAUUAUGAGAGCUUGUCGAAAUUUAGAAAGAGUAAUGAAAAUGUGUCACGUUUCAUCUGUAAAGCAACAAUUUAUGGUAUUGGUAAAUUGUGAAGGUUUAUUGGGGAACCACUCCAACAUCAUUUGUCAUAGAGCAUGGAUGCUUUAAUGGAUUUGAAUCAUCAUGCUCACCAACAUGCCUUUUAAUUUUAUUAUCCAUAUUCAAAAA